ACCAUAGAGCGGUGGCGGCACCAUAGAGCGGUGGCGGCGCGGGCCGCUCUAGGCGCUCCUCUCAGUGGUGCCGCCGCGUUGCCAUGGCGCCGGGCGCGCCGCCGGGCCGAGGGAUGCAGGCGGGCCGCGCGCCGCGGAGGCGGGAGGGCCGCGGGAAGGGCCGGGCCGCGUCCCCGUCCCCGUCCCCAUCGGAGCCGAAGGAGCGGAGCCGGCCGCUCCCCGCAGAGCCGAGGCCCGCGCCGUGCCCGCUGCGGGGCGGCGAUGUCCGAGCGCUCGCCGUUCGGUUGGAGGACCUGGAAAAACUCCACGCUCCACGCCUGCCCCACGAUGCUGGGAGGAUUCCAGUCCAGAGGAAAUUCCUCGUUCGGAAAUACCAACCCAGAGAGGCCAAAACAACCCCACGCCUCCUGGUAGCACGGCCGGCUUCCCUGAGGACAGCUGGGGAGCCGCUGCGCUUCUCUGGUAGGGCUAAGCUUCAGAGUUUACCUGUGAUUUUUGGUUGUGGCAAGCCUAGAGUUAGCGACCUGCCCUGGGGUCUGGUGUUUUUGGUAGGACCAGCACUGUUCGGUGAGGGCUGUGAAGAAAUUCUUCCUCAUCAUGUUUUGGGAAGUCUCCAGGAGUUGAAGAUGGAAGCCUUGGCCAGAGGAAAUGCUCAGAUAGCAGAUUCUAUUCAGAUUCCUCAUCAACAUGUUACUGCAGCAGUUUUAAAAGAGAAACGUGGAGGAGAAACAAAGAGAAAGUUUCACCAGACCCCAGCAUCAGAAUAUAAAGCUCUGCAGAACUGGCACCAUAAUAUGGCAAUCAGGAAGAAGCAGGAGAGGUAUCUGGGAGAAAUUCUUAAGAGGCCAGAGGAUGAGUUGCUGAUGAGCAUCUCGGAGGAUUACAGACAAAUCCAGGAAGAACGUGACCUCAUUGACCGUAGUCUCCCUGCCCUGUUUCCUGGAAAGGGCUACCGAGCAGGAAGCGAAUUCUGGAGCCAGCCUGAGCGCAUUGGGGAUGAGCUGACCGGCCUGACAGUGACACUGACACGGAGAGAAUGGGGCUGCCCAGAGCCAGUCACUCAUGUGGGGAAGCCCCACACUGUUCAGAUGGAAACGGGUGUGAAGCCUCCAAAGGGGAUCCCUUUCCGUCUAACUUGGGAUAAGAGUCCUUUUCUGAAACAGCGACGGCAGGAGCUAAAAUCUAUCCUAGAGGAGCUGGAUUUUUAUAAGCCAGAUCUGGAUGGCCUGGAGGUGAUUGGCAGAGGGCGGCCGUUCACGUCUGUCUCAGCGCAGUCUCUUCCAUGUUCCACUGCUUUUGAAGAUUCUGAGACCUCCAGUGACUCCUUAAAGGACCAUUGCAGCGUGGUUCCAGAAACAGUGCUGGGUCCAUCUUUAGACUUCUGUGGCCAGCCUGCACGUUGGAUCAACUGCAUUGCUUCUUGCAGGGAUGAAGUUGGCAUUGCUGCCAGGCUCACUUUUGAGACUCUGGUUGGUGAGAAAGCUGAAAGCUUCCUAACAGUGAGCAAUGAUGGCACAGCUGCUGUCUGGUAUGACUGGAGGAGGCUUCUCCAGCAAAUCCCUUCUAGAGAAUCCACGAGGAUGCGCAUGCGGUGUUUUUACUUUGAUGCCAGACCAGGUGUAAUUCUGCCUGGAGAAACCAGGAAGUUUUUUUUUCUUUUCAAGUCUGAGAGAGCAGGCAUUUUCAGUGAGUGCUGGGAGUUCAGGACACAUCCUCUGUUAUUAGGAGGAGCUCUGCUGCAGGUGACCCUUUGGGGAAUUGCUGUGUGUGAGGAUAAAUUGGCUGACCUCAGAGGAAAACUGGAGGCUGACCUGGCUGCUCGGGAGGGUGCUGCUGUUGUAGAAGAGACUCUGAAGGACCUUCUUGUCCAAAUUCGGACCCCAGAGCGCACCCCAUCUCCCGUGGAUGCGUACAUCACAGAGGAAGAGUUAUUCCAAAGGAGGAAUCCCAAGUUGCGUUAUCAGCAUGGAGAGGUAGAGCAGCUGCGCGACCUAUGGAGACAGCACGGGACUGCUCUCUCAGCCCUCAGGGAGGAGGUGCCUGCAGACCAAGAGGGUGCUGUGGAGGACGUGAGGUCCCAGCAGAGUAUCACAGAGGCUCUCCCUGCCCAGAGGAGCACUGCAGAGGGCUCAGGCUGGAAGAGCACACUUGAAGUGACUCAGAGUCAAGUGGCAAACGUGGGGGAGGAGGAACCCGGCACCUCGUCGUGGAACUUCUCAUUCAAGGACUUGCAGCAGGCUCUGAAGUCCAUCCCCCAGGAGGAGCAGCGAGAAGCAGCGCUGUCCCAGCUCAACAAGGCAGCACUGGAGCUUUGUGCUGAGCAGAGACCAACUCAGUCUGACCUUCUGUAUCAAACCUGUCUCCAGCUGUGGCGUGAAGCAGUGGACGGGCUGGUGGGUCGCUCCCUGAGGCUGAGGUCCCAGCUUGGAUUGCCUGAGAGGGACACCUAUGUGGAUGUCCUUCCAGAGGGAAGAGGGGAAGAAAAGCAGCCUGUAGAAGGAGGAGAAGGCGGCAAAAUAACCAGGAGAAGAGAAGAGAAAACGUCAGUUGGUGGUAAGGAUAAAGAAGACAAAAGAAGAACAACGAAGACGGCGGGAAAAGAGAAAGAGGAACGCCCAAGCAGUAGAAAGUCAAAAGUAAAAGAGAAGAAGAAGCUGAAAUCUUCCAGCUCGUCAGUAAAAGAGACAGCACAGCCCACAGGAGCUGCAGCUACAGAUACUGUCACACCUCCUCGGGAGCAGGCAGACCCCAUUAUUUGGGGGCUCUACCAGGAGAAACUUUAUGUCGAAGUUUAUGGGCUGCUGGAUUCAAUGGUGAGCAAAAUGGUUUCUUUAUUUGAAGAGCUAGAACAAAACAAGGUGCUUUAAAGUGGGAGAGUGAAGCCCUUUGUAAGUAGAAAUGGACUUAGUAAAUAAAGAAAUAGCCAUGCUUGCACAAGACAGGUGGAUGUUCUUCUUUCUGAAGGGAUGAAGUGGUCACAAAUGCUGGAGUGCCUCUUUCCUGACAUGCUGUGAUGUGAGCCUGCUGUGACAUCAUCUGUUGGUUCUACAGGUGGUCGCUUGCCAGGAGGAGACAGGUCAGGAGGCAUUGCAGCCUCAGAAACCAUAACAUCAAGAAAAUGCUGGUGUUCCUGCUGAGGAAGGCAAACUUACAGAUGCCAGUCAGUUGAA